UCUUCACUUAAGUGGCGUCCACUUGCUCUUAUCCAAUAAAGUACUCUCAUCCAUUGAUAUUUACUUUCCAUGCCUGCCUGGACAAUAAUUUCGCCGGAAAACCCAGUGAACGAUCUGAAGGGUCAUCCAAUGCGCAUAAACGUAUACCGGGUGAUGAAGGCUGUUUAUCAUAUUUUAGACCCAUCAAACGAACCGAGUUCCACGAUUGAUGAAGUAAAGCACAUCGCAACCCUCGAGUACGCAGUCUCGCAAGAAAAGGAGGGUCCUCCUGAAAUAUCAAGCCUCAUCAUACAUCUGCGCCUUUCUGCACAGACUGAAACGCGCUUUGAUGUUGUGCUGCAUGACUCGGACAUGCAGAUCAAAGACAAGGUACAGAACACGUGCAUUUCGCUCCCUGGAGAGCUUGCCCCGGUUCUGAUGGACAUCUCCUGGUUCGUUCGCGAGUUCGUCAUCAGAAGGUCAGCUAUCAAGUGGAAACCAGCUUCGGACUGCAGUUUUGGCCGUAGGGUAUGGGACCAGAUGCAAGAGGAGAAAUACCGUCAGCUUGUUUCACAGCAGGGGACUACUGGUGGCAGAAACACCUGCCAAAGCUGUAAGGUUGUAUCGCGCCGGUCGGUCAAUUGCCGUGAAUCUUCCGAACCCCCAAUCGUAUGGUGCGCUAAACAUUUAGACAAUGAAUUAUGCCUUCCGUGCCUCGAAGAGCAGGGGUCCAAGAGAGAGCUAGAGAAAUGUCCUGCGUGCAAAUCUUGGUGCUGUCCCAAGGAUAUAAGCGAGUGUAUCGGUCAUCCCGUUACCAUCCCUUCGGUUUCCCGCGCAUCCUCUUUUGAUCACUUUCGGCAUGUGAUGACUAUCUACUCCCAAUCAGCUAAAGUUCACCCUCUCAAGCACGGUUCUUGCGGCCAAUGCAAGCUACUGGGCUGGCGAAGAUGCCCAGGUCGCUUAUGUUGGUCAAGUCACAGUUUGAUCUGCCCGGAAUGCACCAGUGGUGGUAUCACUUGUGCGUGUCGGAAAGUGUGGGCAUGUGAUGUCUGCGCGGAGCAUGAUAGCAGCAUCUUUAUCCGUUGUCCGCGCUGUGACAGGCCAUUCUGCACAUCUUGCACCUAUAUCGACCGAUGCAGACGGUGCACCCGUGCUACCCUCUGCUAUGACUGCGCUGAAGAAACGUCGGAUGUGGAUGACUGCACCAAGGAUGCAUCUGACUGCGCUAAAGAAACGUCGGAUGUGGAUGACUGCACCGAGGAUGCAUCUGACUGCGCUGAAGAAACGUCAGAUGUGGAUGACUGCACCGAGGAUGCAUCUGAC